GCAUAGUCCGUGCCAGCUGUUUCUUGUUUUAGUAUUUCCGGGUCGGGUUUCACCCGUAUCCGGAAAUCAAAUUCAUCGGAGCGCUUAAUUUGAGUCCACAAUUAAAGUGAGAAUUUUCCUGAAGAAGAAGAACUUUUGCUUUUUUUCUGGGUUUGCUUUUUUGUUGUGUCAAUGAAAUGGGAGAAAUGGAGAUCGAAGAAAUCGAAGCUGUUCUUGAGAAAAUCUGGGAUCUACAUGACAAGCUUAGCGAUGAGAUUCACUUGAUUUCGAAGUCUCACUUUCUCAAAUCGGUUAAACCUUCAAAUAGAUCGGAGAAGAGAAAGAAUCCUCACGGAAAUUCCGGCGAAGAUAAGCGACCUGGUUAUGUUUUCAUCAAAGGAUUCGCCGUCGAUGAUAACGACUCCACGAUUCAGGAGGCGAAGAGUCUUAACGCAAUUCGAACCGCUCUUGAGAACCUUGAAGACCAGCUCGAGUUUUUCCAUACUAUACAUACACAGCAGCGAACAGAGAAAGAUGUUGCGAUUGCUCGGCUUGAACAGAGCAGGAUAUUACUAGCAAUGAGAUUAGCUGAACACCACGGCAAGAACUAUGGAGUCCUAGAGGAAGCUCUUGCAUUUGUUGGGAGCAUUAAAUCCAACUCGCAUUACGUUUCACCUGAUCACCUCUACGAUUCCUCUCGAAACCCAGACGGAGCAAACUCUAUUCCAGAUGGAAUAGAGUCAAACUUUGUAAUCAACGCCUUUGCCUCGACUUUCGGGUUUGCCAAGAGAGCACUUGGAUUCAACCAUGUGAAAGGCGUACUUGGAAACGCUGCUAUAUUUGCCAUAAGCGUGGUCGCUAUGCUACAUCUUCACCAAGUGGCUACUAGUGAACAUCAUCUGCAGAAGAAAGAAGACAGAUUCUACAGAAGCCAACAAAGGAAAACAUACGGAAGAGAUAAGUCUUCAGCUGACAGAAGUUUGGAUCACUUGGACGUAAUGAUGGCUCGUGGUUAAGACCAGAGAUCGAACUUGUCUACACGUGAGAAAACUAAAGAAGAGAAGAGAUAAUUGUUGCUCUCAUAGGUUUCGAUAUUAUCAGCAAAAGGAUAAGAAUUUGGAGGCAAAGUGUUGGAAUUUUCUGAGCUCGUCUGAUGCAAAUAUUGUUCCUUUCUUCUAAUUUUGAUUUUCAAACACUGUGGUUAAUGUUUUGUUUGUUUUGUUUGGUUUUGUUGAUUUCAAAUGUGGUUAGGCUUUCUUGUAAAUCACAAGAUCUCUCGGCUAUUCUUUAGUAGCAACUGGCAAAUUCAGAUUGAUGAAUGUAUUGGGCCACUAUCAGCCCAUUCGCACCCCAGAACUAUCCAG